AUGAUAAGAAGAUUAGGAUUGACUUUGUCCAGUGCCAGAAAGUUUUCUUCAUGCAUCUCAUCGAGGUCUGAAUUUUCACAUGUUGUAAUAGGGGGUGGGUGUGUUGGUGUGUCUAUAGCAGCUGAAUUGCAGGGCUUUCAAGGAAACAACGUCUUACUAGUUGAAAAAAACGAAGCGUUGGGUAUGGAAACGACUUCAAGAAACUCAGAGGUAAUACAUGCCGGUUUAUACUAUCCUAAAGAUAGUUUAAAAGCAAACUUGUGUAUUCAGGGAAAGCAGCGUAUAUAUGAUGCUCAUGAUUCUGGAAAGUUUCAAGUUCUGCUUCAGAAAUGCGGGAAGCUCGUGGUAGCGCAAGAUGAAUCAGAGUUUGAAUACCUAGUGGGGCUUCAGAAAAAUUCAAAUGAUUUGGGUGUUGAUACUAAUCUAUGGCUGUCGCAGCAAGUAAACGAAAAGUUCCCACUAAUUAGAGCUGCGGGAGGAGCACUAGAGAGCCCUACUACUGGAAUCAUAUCUGCUCACGAUUACACCCUCUUCUUCGAAGGACGUUUUGAGGAUGAAGGUGGUAUCAUUGGAUUGAACACAGAGGUCGUUGAUAUAGACUAUAAUGAGGGACUGUCAAACUAUACAUUGACAUUAAAGGAGACAAACUCCUCGGAGAACUUUGAAAUAACCACUGAUAAUGUAGUGAACUCGGGAGGCUUACAUGCCCAGAAAGUCUCUAACUUAUUAUUGCCUGAAGACCGGCAUUUUGAUAGCUACUUUGCUAAGGGUAGUUAUUUCAGCUACAACCCUGAGGUUCCGAUUAAAGCAUCUAGUAUAACAUCAAAGUUGAUAUAUCCGUGUCCAAAUCCCAAUGCAUCUUCACUAGGCACGCACCUAACUCUUGACCUAGGAGGCCAAAUUCGAUUUGGGCCCGAUUUAGAAUGGCUUGAUAUUGAUGAUGCCAAUGAUAUUGAUUAUACAGCAAGCGACAAGAACAUAGAUGGUGCAUAUAAUGCCGUUCGUAGAUAUUUCCCUAAGAUUCAAGAGCAUGACUUGCAACCGUCUUAUUCUGGCGUUAGACCCAAAAUAUAUUCAGCCUCAGAAAACAAGAAGAAAUUUGCUGACUUUAUUAUCAGAGAGGAAGAGGGAUUUCCUGGAUUUGUUAAUUUGAUCGGAAUUGAAAGCCCAGGUUUAACUGCUUCUUGGGCUAUUGGAGAGUACGUCAAAGAUAUUUAUCACAAAUAG